UACACAGUAGCCUACUUACAUAGUUUUGCACUGCGCUCGAGGGUAUAUGUAAAGGGCGCUAUAUCUUUUGGAAUACCGCUGUCCUACUAUUCAAAGCAAUUGCCUCAUUGUACAGCUUGCCAUGCCAAAGAGUGACACGUGGCUCGGCGACGUUGCCGUGGAAAAGCCGGGAGGCAUCACCGUGGAGACGCUGGGUGGCAUGGACAGUGCUGGCAGCUGUGAUAGUGUUGUCAGCAUCCACUCUGGUUUUAGCGAUGGCAGUCUGGAGGAGCUCUCUGCCGAGGAGAGAGAGUGUAUCCUGUUCCUGGAGGAGACCCUGGAGUCUCUGGAGGCUGAGGAGGAGAGUGACCUGCCCAGUGAUGAGCCUGACCUCCAUCUCGCCCCCAGCAGCCUGGCCGAGAAGAUCGCCCACCUCUCCGCCUCCCUGUCAGGCUCUAUCUCCAAACAUCUGCAUGAUGGUCCCAAAGGAGAGGUGGGAAGAGAGCACAAGUCUGUCCCAGGCCUUCUGGUGCCCACUCCACUGGUGAUGGCCAACAGCAGCCAGCCCAUCACUGAGCCUGGCUUGGGGCCUGCACCCACUGCCUCUCCCUGCCACCGCUCAUCCACAGGGCAGGACGCCACGGCUCCAAACAGGAAAGAAGGGCGCGAGGAUCGGCCCAAAACCGGCCCAUCCAGGGGCCCCCUGUCUUACGAGGGUCUGAUAGAGCUACGGUCGAAGCCACCCUUGAAGAAGCACGCUCAGAGCUUCUCUUCUGGAGACCGAGAGAGGGCCAAGUUGUCCCCCAAUAACCCCAGCGAGGGAAGCCAAUCCCAUCGCCCCUCUGGCUCACCUUCCCAGCAUCCACUUCUUCCCCAGACCCCCAAACCCAAAGCUACCCCUCCUAUGGUUGCACCUAAACCCAGAAAGCUCCCACCCAGCAUUGACGUGUCGACCCAAAAAGCGGCCGUCCCCACCACGGACCCCAGGACACACUGCUUGGGCACCUCGCCCAGAGAGAGGGGGAUGAUGGACCCCCAGCAGGUGAGGAGGGAGGCUCUGGCGAAAUUGGGGCUCCUACAGGAUGGGGGGGCUGUUCCCCCGCCCGUCGCUCGGUCCCAGCAUCCUGCGACGACCCGCCCACGCUCCAGGAGCGACCUUCCUCCCAUCACCGCCAGCUCACGGCCCCCCCUGCCCACCGGGGGGAAGUCCGUCACCCUGGACCGUUCAGGUGUGGGCGUCGAUAGCUCGGGCUUGAAGCCCCGCACCCGCAUCCGCGCCACCUCGCUCAGAGACAAGAAGGAACUUGCGGCCUCCCAACCGGACACCCCGGCCACCGAGCCCACAGCCCAAAAGCCCCUGUUACCAAACAACAUCUCUGUGGCAAUGACGCCCUGGAACCAGCCAGGACAGGUGAGGCAGGAGGCCUUAAGGAAGCUGGGACUACUGAGGGAAUGAAAACAACCCCACACCCAAACCCAAAAAACUGCCCCCCAAACACUGCUCUCCCAACACAGGAGACCAUUCCCCACCCUCCCUGCCUGGCUGUAGCUAGGAGGUGGCAUGACUCACGCCGUGAGCUGCUCACCAGAUUGAUUGAAACACAAUUAAGAUAUUUACACAGGCUGUGUGUACACAAGUCUGUGGGGCAAAGGCCUAUGGCAUGAGAUUCAGCCAUAGGCUGCUACUCCACCCUACAGACUGACUCUUCUGAGGAGAGCAUCCUGCCAUGUUUUUCUCUUUUACUGCAUACUUUCCCAGUUUAAAUAAUUAAGGGCAGGCAUACAUUAUAUGACAGCCAGUUGGAUGAUAGUAUCUAGACUAUACGGGCUGCCGACCAGAUUACACAAAAACAUCAUAAAAGGAAGCACCUCCUGAUUGGGAAUAAGAACAGAAUCUGCUCACAUUGGGAGCCUGUAAACCAGUCAGGUCAGUCGGAAUAGUAUCUCCUACUUAGCGAGUUGUAACGUUUUCCCUAUCUGAACAUUCAGGAACCUGCAAGUCGUGUAAUGUAUGCCCACGCUAAAGGGGUGUGUGCAGAUGAACACCGAUGAGAUGCCUUUCAUUUUGACACUGCAUUCACUGUGUCUGCCAAACUGCCUUCAAUGGACAAAAUGUGUGCACUGAAAAAAAUGGCUGUCUUAACAAGCGUUUUUAGUCUUGUAAUCAGUCUUAAGAUCUUUUUUUUCUCUCCAGUAGACAAUAGUAGCUUGUUUUAAGUGAAGUUCUCUCACCCCAUUGACAAAUCUGGAAAUUAGUCAAAUUUUCUCAUCCCAUUGCCAUUUUUUCUUUAGUCUCAUUUAGCAAAAAGGUAAUAGAAAUAAGAUUUGAAGUCUAAAUAUAAGAGUAUGAUACUUAUUAAGACUUUUUGGGGUUUUUUUGCAGUGUGUAUAUUGUUUGACAUGUACUAAAUGCUAAAUUCAGUAUUUGCUCAUCGUCAUUGCAGAUUAUCAAAAAAAUGUAUUGCACUGAAGUAUCAAUAUAUUUUCUAAAAUUAAAUGUAUAUAUAAAAUGAAUACAUUUAAAAAUAUAUUUUUA